AGAAGCCCAGAGGGCAAGUCACUAAUCCCUAUAUAAGUUAUUUGGGUCCUGAGCCAGCCACUGGUUCCUGUUCCUUUCCAGAGCGCCAUUCUCCUGUCUCUCUCCAGGUUUCUGGAAGAUUUGUAAAGAUGACUGACCUGGAAAAUGCCAUGGAAAAGUUAAUUAAUAUCUUCCACCAAUACUCUGUGAGGGUAGGGGAUUUUGACAAGCUUUCCUUAAGCGAGUUCAGUAAGUUGGUGAAGGAGCAAUUUCCCACCUGGGUUAAGAAACCUACAGAUCCAGCAUCUAUGAAACUUUUUUUGGACAAUUUGGAUGAAAAUAAAGAUAAAGUGCUGGAUUUCGGAGAGUACAUGAAAAUGCUGGUCCCAUUGGCAGUGGCCAGUCACAAACAUAUCCAUGAGGGCGAUCAUGAUCACUGAGAAUCUGCCCAUCCAUUCCAGUCUUAUGUCACCAGAUGAGUCUCCUCCUCAAAGCAACCAAAAGUUUAAAUGAUUGGGGAGGGGGACAAGUCUGAAAAUAAAGUCUCCUGAAAGUUCUUUCCA